UGCGACUAUCAGCUUCUGAGAGUUUUGAUAUGUAGAAAUACAUAGCUGAUCAACGAAGACCAAGACGAAUGACAGAACAGAGGACACACCUGAAACAAAUUUAUACACAGAGCAAAUACAGCAAUGUUUUCUGAAACUAAUACUGUCGAUGAGAAGAUAAGUUAUCUAGACAAAAAAGAGCUUCAAAAGAAAUCUGAACAUGAAGAUGAUGCAGAAGAAAAUGAAUCCUCUCUGGAAUUCCUUAAUCUACUUCAGAUUGAUUCAGAUUCUGACCGUUCUCAAUCAUUCCAACAAGAAUGUGAGAGAUGGUGUUCGAGAAAUGUGUUAAGAAAACAGAAGCACUGGGAAAAAAUUGUCACAGCAAAGAAAAGUAAGAGAAAGCAGGAAAAAGAAAGAAGAAAAGCAAAGAAUUCUGAAAAUACAGACAGUGAUCAGCAACACAGUAAGCGGUUUUUGAAAGUUUUGACCAGGGAACGCCUACUGAGAGCCAAGGACUCUGGCCCACAACUUUGCAUUGAUUUGAGCAUGACUGAACACAUGACUAAGAAGGAAUUAGGUCGUCUUGCAGCUCAAAUAAGAAGACUCUAUGGAUCGAACAAAAAAGCUGCAAAACCGUUUUGGCUUUACCUGACAGGUUUUAAAGAAAGCAGCUUAUUAUAUGCGGAAUGUGUGCGAAUGAAUGACGGAUUUGUCAAUUAUCUUGUUGACAGAACAGAAAACAGCUUCCUUGAUUUAUUUCCCACAAAUGCAAUAGUCUAUCUCACCCCUGACUCUGAGAAUCCUCUGGAAGAUGUUGACCCUCACAAGGUUUAUGUACUUGGAGGAUUAGUGGAUGAAAGUAUUCAGAAGAAAUUAACAUACCAUAAAGCCAGAGAAAAUGACUUACAGACUGCCCGACUGCCAAUACAAGAAUAUAUGAUUAAGAACAUUAAUUUAAAGAACUUUCAUUCGGAGAUACUAGCAAUUAAUCAAGUAUUUGAUAUAUUAUCCACAUACCUUGAAAAGCGGAGCUGGCCUGAAGCGUUGAAAGCUGGUGUUUCACCAGGGAAAGGCUUUAUUCUCUGUGAUGAAGCUUAUAAAGUAAUAUAACGUAUAACACAUUUCCACUUCAUAACCACUGUCCUAUAUGAGAGUGAGUGAAAAGAAGAGACUGCUUUUACUUAAUUAUUGUUAUUUAAAAAUAUUUAUAUAAAACCUCUAUUUAUAAAUAUUUGUCUGUCUAGAGUUUGUAAUUUUAUGAAAGCAGUUUGCUGCUAAAUAAUUGUAAUACGUUUUACCUGUAAUCCAAUCUCUGGUGUUUUAUACAUUUAUUUAUUUGUAAAUAAAAUUCUGCAACAAUUAAUUUGUAACAAUAGAAUUACAAUUUCUCAACAAAAUUUGUACACAAAUUCUGUUCACUAGUUUUUCAAAAUUAUUUAUUACUUUGUGAAAUUAUAUUUUAAAUAAACCAACAUACCAAUUUAAAAAGCAUAAAAUAUAUCAUUUUAAUGUACAGUAUAUUUAACUCUAAAACUAAACAGCAAUGUUUCACAACAAAAACACCAACAACUAAAUAAAUGAUUUCAUGAUAAACAUAAUCUAAUAGUAUGUAUUUCACGUUGUUGUGCAUUUCCUUGGUAGCAAUUACUUUAAUACUAACUUAAAGGGAAACAAAACCCAAAAUGUCAGAUAAAACGUAACUAUUUUUUUUACUCCUAUUCCGUGCUAUAAGAUCUCACAUACACUUAUACAAGACUGAGAGUGCUGACAUUUCAAUAUUUCUGUACUAAGUGACAGUUUCGAUUCCUGUGUACAACAAAUAAAAAUAAAAAAACAUGAUAAUUUAUGAAACCAGUUUGCUACUAAAUAAUUGUAAUACCUUUUACCUGUAAUCUAUUCUCUGGUGCUUUAUAUAGAUAUAGAUAUAUAUAUAUUUAUAAAAUGCUAUUGUUACAAUUAAAUUGUUGUAGAAGUAUAAUUUCUCAACAAAAUGUAUACACUGUAAUGCAGCUCCUAUGUCUAAUAAGGACUGGAAUGUGAAAUAGUUAAAUCCUUAAGGCAUAGAGUCCCCUUGCCAGUCUCACGUGGUGCAUGUCUGAUAGUAAUAGGGGGCAAUUGGCAGUUUUUUAAAAGGCCACACAAGCAUAAUUUGCAUAGUUACCUUUGAUGCAUCUAUGUGCUUUGCACUAGCCAACGGCAAUAAUAAAUCAUUCUUCCAAUUACAGCUGUGAUGGAUACCUCCUCUCUAUAAAGAAUGCAUCAUUUUUCUGUUUUGAUAUAAAAAUGUUUCCAAAAAUGUAAUUAUUGUACAAAAUUAAUGAUAUCUUACAUGAAUAAUUAACUGCACUGCACUGUGAGCUUAACUCAUCAUGCAGACAUCUUUAGAUGUAUUCAGACAAUACACUUUUUUUGGUAACAGUUGGAGAAGCGGCAAGGAGAAUUUAAAUGAUGCUGCUCAGACCACAAGUAUGUAUUAUACAGGUUUUAAUCCUAAAAUCCUAAAUUCCAAAAUUCCAAAAGCCAGAAUUAUUUUAAAAGCCAGAUGUUUUCAUUAUUAUUUUUUCAAAAUGUUAAAUUAAAAAAAUUAAAAAAAAAUUCCUGCCAGUAAGUCACAAGCUUUUCUCUCUUUGUAAAAAAUUUUUGUGUGUGUGUUCUAAAAUACAAAUGCUAGCUUUACAGAUGCAACAUAUACAACUAUUCUGUCAUCCAAAUUAUUCAGAUAUCCAAACCCUGCCAGUAAGUCACAAGCUUCUCUCUCUGUGUAUUUUAUUUUUGUGUGUGUUCUAAAAUACAAAUGCUAGCUUUACAGAUGCAAAAUAUACAACGAUUCUGUAAUCCAAACCCUGCCAGUAAGUCACAAUCUUCUCUGUCUGUGUAUUUUAUUUGUGUGUUCUAAAAUACAAAUGCUAGCUUUACAGAUGCAAAAUAUACAACGAUUCUGUAAUCCAAA